AUGGCCCACAGCAAAGUCCCAAAAGACGACUUCAAAUGGUUUGGCGAAGGCUUCGACGGCUUUCCGAAACACCUACCAGAGGACUGUGUCGAAUACAUGAUCAUCUUAAUCCAUGCCACAUUGUCGGAUAUCCAAAAGCGUUCAUGGCUCCUCCGCGGACGUACAAACUAUGGCGAUUCUGUAGCUGAUGAGUGGCUAAUCGUGUAUCUCCUCCGAGAGCUUAGCAAGCAGUUCUCUGAUGCCUGGAUACGAGUGUACGACACAGAUGGCGAGUUCCUACUCAUCCAGGCCGCCAACGCGCUUCCCAGAUGGCUAAAUCCCGAAGUUGCUGAAAACAGGGUGUGGAUCAAUAACUCGAAACUUCUAAUCAUACCACUGAGCUCACCAUCUAACACCACGUCGUUAACGCUCAAGGAGUCCCUCCAGACCAUUUCUUCUGCUCCGACAGUACUUCAAAAUCUCAUCAAAACCGAGUCAGAGGCAUUCGACCGACUUUCAUCAUACCCGUCUGCCAUAUCUGACAAUCAACACCACGCCACUAUUCCAAUUCCACGGAAAGUAGCAGCAAUACUCCACGCUAGUCCCUCCCACAUUGCACCAGCCGUCGAAGCUUUCUACCUCCGCGACCCCAUAUCACUCCGCUCGCUGCAACGUAAAGAGACCACCGAGCUCAUAUUUCCUCCCGAAGACUUCGUCCAAGUGAGUACGCGCUUCACCAGGACGCUCUUCGCGCAACUCAGAAGUCAAGAGUGGGUGCCGCCCGGUCUAUGGGGCGGUGCUCUCGCCUCCUUCGUGUCGAAGACUCCAAAUAGCCGUGAUCUGGAAAAGGCCGAGAUUGGCCUCAAACUUGCCGCAGGCUUCGAGAUGUUGGUUCAAGAUAAGCAGAACAAAGAUAAGAAAGCUGUCCGCGAGAUAAAGCUGCUGGUAGAAGACAUCGAAAGCGGAGAGGAGCAGUUACCAAGUGAUUGUGAAAUCAAAGAAUGGGGUGUCAGAGAAGACGAUGAGAAGUGGCUUGAUAUCAACUUCGAGGACUUCGAGAAAGAGCUGGCUGGGAAAGGUGCCAAAACAGCGGGACAACCUGCGGGCAUGGAAGCGAAAGAUGCGGCAGACACGGGAUUUGGUGACAAGACGGCUCAAGAGAAUUUGCGAAAAAUGGUUGAAAGAUUCGAAUCAUUUCUCGACGACGAUGAAGCUGGCGUUGAGGGUGCUGAGGGACUGGACGAUAUGGAUUUCGAUAACGAUGAUGAAUCAGAUGAAGAUGAAAGCAACGGCAGUGAUGAAGACAAGGAGGUUGAGUUCAAUGAAGCUGAAUUUGCCCGCUUGAUGCGAGAAAUGAUGGGGAUGCCAUCUACUACAGACAAAGCCACACUAGUCGAGGAGGCACGAGCACUUGCGAGAGUGCAAGAAGUGGACUCAGCAGAUGGGGACGAAGAAGAUGUGAUUGAGGGAGAUGAGAUCAGGGAUGUUAUGGAGAGGAUGGAGGCAGAGCUCAAGGAAGCUGGCGCUCUGAGGUUGGAUCCUCCACCUCGCGAGACGACUACAAAGAGUGGUAGCGGAAGCAAAAAGGGGAAAGAGAAAGCCAUUCCAUCCGAGGAAGAUGCUAAUGAUCUUUCUGAAGAUGAGGUCGACAUUGACUACAACCUUGCGAAGAAUCUAUUGGAGAGCUUGAAGGGGCAAGGGGGAAUGUCUGGGCCUGUGGGUAAUAUGUUAGGCUUGAUGAGAGUGCAAAUGCCCCGUGAUGAGGGAGACGAGGAGGAGCGAGCACGGUGAUUGUUUAAUUGAAACGGAACUCGAUCUCUCAUGUCCUCCUUGGGCUUCGAGCAGCGAUGUAUAGAAAACGAGGGCAGCGGAUAGAAUAUCCCAACCUGCGUACACCCUGACGACGCUGUCUGGGGUAGUCUCGCAAGUUUACUAGUGGUCCAAAGCGCCGAGUCUCUUUCUCAUGUGGAAUGCUGAAAAUACUAUGAAGCUACUCAUGCAGCGGUAAACGAGUGUACGGAUUUCUAUGACGAGGCAUUGUAGAAUGGUGCAUAUUGUGACCAGAGGUAGACUGAAAAAUCUUGGAUUGAAUGAAUAAU